CUGAAGUACCUGAAUUGUGCAACAGAUGUCGUUAUUUGUCUUAUUGUCCAUAUUUUUAAAUUAAACGGCGAAGAUGAGUGGACGACGAGUGGGAGGAGUGCUAGCGUUGAGUGCCACCGCCCUGGGAGCAUUCUACCUGGGCUCCCACGUGGAGCGACAGCGCGGCAACUUUGGAUCCAACAAUAGCCUUCCCCGCCUGCCAGGCUUACCCACCUUUGGAACGGUUUCGGCGGCCAGUUUAAUUCCCGCCCAGGAAUCGAAUGUGAGUCUAGCGGCGACACCCUCGCGGAUUGGUCAGAUCAUGAAGUACGGCUUCCCUGGCUUGGAUCAUGUGCGAUCCCACUCGGACUACGUGCUGUCCUACGAUCGGAGGAACCGAGUGCCGCACUGGGUGUUCGAGCACCUCACGGCGGAGUCGGUGGCCAAGAAUGAUGCCGUGGACAGGUCCAAGUGUGAUUUCCGACAGGACGAAAGCAUCCACCCGUUCUUUAGGUCGCAGAAUACAGACUACCGGCGAUCCGGCUACGAUCGCGGGCACAUGGCCGCCGCUGGGAACCAUCGCCUGCAUCAGAAGCACUGUGACGAGACCUUCUUCCUGUCCAACAUGGCGCCACAAGUGGGACAGGGCUUCAACCGCGAUGCGUGGAACACCCUGGAGUCGCACGUGCGGAAGUUGACUAAGAUCUACUCCAAUGUGUAUGUCUGCACGGGUCCCCUUUAUCUGCCACACAAGGAGGACGAUGGCAAGAACUAUGUGAAGUACGAGGUCAUCGGUGCCAACACGGUGGCAGUUCCUACCCACUUUUACAAGGUGAUUGUCGGAGAAUCACCGGACCACAAACUCCACAUGGAGUCCUAUGUGAUGCCCAACCAAGUGAUCAGCAACGACACACCCAUCAGCGUGUUCCAGGUUCCACCCGAAAGCGUAGAACGCUCCGCGGGAUUGCUGUUCUUCGACCAGCUAAACCGCAAACAACUUACUACAAUCAACGGCAAGAAAGUCUAGUCAAUGUCUUAGUUUGGUUUUAGUGUAUUUAACCAGGGAUAGCCCCUUGUUUAAUGUAAUUUUCUUCUUUUCCAAAGAACUUGUGGAUUAAUAAAAGUAAACAAUUAAUACAGAUGUACAUAGA